AAAUCCUUGGGAAAAGAGGGAAAACCUUGGGAAAAGUGGGCAAACCUUGGGUAAAUGUGGGAAAACUCUUGGGAAAUUUGGGAAAAUCUUGCGAAAAUUGGGAAAAUCUUGCGACAAGAGGGAAAACCUUGGGAAAAAUGGGAAAAAUCCUGGGGAAAUUGGCCAAACCAUUGGGAAAAGUGGGCAAACCUUGGGAAAAGUAUCCUUGGGAAAAGUGGGAAUACCUUGGGAAAAUUGGGAAAAACCUUGAGAAAUCCAUGGGGAAAUCUUGCGAAAAGAGGGAAAACCUUGGGAAAAAUGGGAAAAGCCUUGGGAAAAUUGGGAAAAACAUUGGGAAAAGUGGGCAAACGUUGGGAAAGGUGGGCAAACGUUGGGAAAAGUGGGCAAUCCUUGGGAGAAGUGGGCAGUCGUGGCCCAUGGGAUGGAGAGGGGCCGAGGUCGGAGUCGCUGCCCCGCGGCAGGGCCAGAGCGUGGACGACAUCCCCAAGGAGGUGCUGAGCGACUGCGCCCACCUGGUCAAGGCCAACAGCAUCCAAGGCUGCAAGCUGAGCUCGGUGACGGUGCUUUCCCCAUUGUAUUUUCACCCGUUUUUGCCCGUUUUUGCCGGUUUUUGCCCCGUUUUGGCAGGCUGCAAGCUGAGCUCGGUGAUGGCGCUUUCCCCCAUUUUAGUUUAACCCGUUUUUGCCCGUUUUUGCCGGUUUUUGCCCCAUUUCCAGGCUGCAAGCUGAGCUCGGUGCCGGCGCUUUCCCCCAUUUUAGUUUAACUCGUUUUUGCCCGUUUUUGCCGGUUUUUGCCCCGUUUUGCAGGCUGCAAGCUGAGCUCGCUGACGGUGCUUUCCCCAUUUCAGUUUAACCCGUUUUUGCCCGUUUUUGCCGGUUUUUGCCCCGUU